AAUUUUAAUUUAAUAUAGCUCUAUAUACAAUAUAGCUAACGACCACAAUCUUCUAAUGAACCACGAGAGAUGUUUAUCCGGCUAUCUAGUUGUUUUACAUUUCCUAGCAACCUGUGUGCGUGCCCUCCAAUUCGUCCAAUUGCAUCCAAUCGGAGCGUUCGGUGACGUCAAGUGGGGCGAUUGGUCUGUUUGACGGCGUUCUCUAUUUAACCUGGUAACGAAGGUACAGUGCAAUGGUGAGACAGUUUCCUGUAAGUGGCCCAGUUGCUAUGGCAGACAUGCUGGAUCCCUACACCUUUGAUGCCCCUUCUACAUACAUUAACUUUAGUUCUUUCCAUGAGGAUCACAAUGCUGACUCCUGGUUCGACAGAGUGACCAAUGCACUUAAUACUCCCCCAAACCAGAGGCCACGCUUUGAAACUUCUGCUGUGAAUUCUGAACACAAGCGCAAGGUGUUGACAACUCUUUCAAAGGAGGCAGUCUCCAAGAGUACUACACAUUUUUGUGAUGUGAAAUCUCCGUCAAUGCGGAGUAGGAAUGUGCUGGUGAAGCCUAAAAUUGCAGAACAGCAAGAGCUUGAGAAGAUACAAGAACUUCAAAAGAAUCUCAAGAAAAAUGAGCAUUCCAUGAAAGCUGCCAUAACUAGAGCAGGUCAGUCUUUGAAUAAUGGUGACCCUCCAGUCACAAAACCAGUGGAUUUUCUCUGUAAAACCAAUGGUCAACUUGAGCAUGGUUCCAAUCAACCUGAGAGAAAUGACUGUAACAUGGUGAACUUUGUUGCAUCACUAAGGAGACACCAACUGCCAUCGGUUCAGAUUCCUAAACGAGGAUACACAAUCCCAAAACCCUUCAACCUGUCACAGGGAAAAAAACGAAAGCGUGAGGAGGCUUUGGAAUCCAGUGCUGAAAAGGUUAUAUCUUUCUCCAAAAGAACUCCCGCACGUUAUUGCCUGCAUGGCCACCAGAGGGAGCUCGAGGAAGAGGAGGUGCCUGUUAUCAAAGCCACUCGUACGCCACACUGCAGGGUCCUAUUUAAACCCAAACUUUUAGAAAAGAGACAAGUGGAUGUUUGUCCCUUUUCCUUCUUUGAGCGGGACAAGGAGCGGCAGCUGCAGAAAGAGAAGCGAUUGGAUGAACUUCGCAAAGUGGAAGUCUAUAAAUUUAAGGCUCAGCCUCUGCCACCAUUCUAUCACAUCAGCCCCUUUAAGAAGAAGGUGAGGUUGCCAAGCCAGAAGGAGCGAUUUGAGCUGGAGACAUACAAUGUGGAGUCAUGUCCUACUUAACCAUCCCAACAUCCCCGAGCUUCUCAGGCAGGUUUAAGUGCUGAUGCAGCUGAUGUUCCUGUGUUACCGCCAAAUCGAAAUUUUCUGGUAGUUGAUGCCCUUUUCAAGCCCUGGACUAUACACAUCCUAAUGAACAAACAUAUGUCCGGUAAAUAGUAGCAUGAAUACAGAGGCAUGUUUUUGCCCUGGGGGGGUGUUAUGUAAAUACUAAAUAUUAAUGGUAGGGAUGCAACAAAUCCACUAUUUGGGAUUCUGCCCAAUGCCUGGUGAAAGAUUUGACCAAAUACCGAACCAAAUCCUAAUUUGCAUAUGCAAAUUAGAAUCAGGGAAGGAAAAAGAGGAAAACAGAUCAUCUUCUGUGACGAUUUCCCUAUCCGUCCUUAAUUUAUAUAUGCAAAUUAGGAUUUGGGUCCGGCCAAGCACAAGGAUUCGGCCGAGUCCGGCUGAAAAUCCUGGUCAAAUCCCGAACCGAAUCCUGGAUUCGCUGCAUCCCUAAUUAAUGGCCUAUUAUGCCUUGUAAAAAUGGUAAAUAAGAUAAAUAUACCUUGUAAUAAAAUUUAAGUGAACUA